UGGGGCGUCGCCUCUUUUAAAGGAGCCGCUUCGCCUGUGUUUAGAUGCACAAGAGAGCAGUCGGGGCCAGUAGGACGAAGCAUUAGUAACUGAAAGCCUCAGUGUCAGCAUCCUUCAGCAUCUCGUGUCACCAAACUGCAGCCAUGACUCCCAAGGUUGUUCGCUCAAGCAAGUUUCGUCAUGUCUUUGGGACACCAGUCAAAGCUGACCAGUGCUAUGAUGACAUCAAAGUCUCACAGAUGACGUGGGACAGCAACUUCUGUACUGUAAACCCCAAGUUUCUGGCUGUUGUCGUUGAUUCAAGUGGGGGAGGUGCAUUUAUGGUGUUGCCUUUGUCAAAGACUGGUCGUGUGGACAAAUCUGUACCUGUUGUGUGUGGUCAUACAGCUCCAGUCUUGGACAUUGAAUGGUGUCCGCACAAUGACAACAUCAUUGCUAGUGGUUCAGAAGACUGCACUGUCAUGAUCUGGGAAAUUCCAGAUGGAGGCUUGAUCCGCCCUCUCACAGAGCCUGUUGUCACCCUUGAAGGCCAUUCCAAAAGAGUGGGAAUUGUCACAUGGCAUCCAACGGCCUCCAAUGUCUUGUUGAGUGCAGGUUGUGAUAAUGUCGUAAUUAUCUGGAACGUGGGGAAAGGAGAGCCUGUCAUUACUCUUGAUGACAUCCACACUGACAUAAUCUACAGCGCUGCUUGGAACUACAAUGGCAGUCUUAUUGUCACCUCAUGCAAGGACAAGAAAGUGAGGAUAAUCGACCCGCGGAAAGGCGACGUUGUAGUGGAGAAAGAAAAACCACAUGAGGGCAGUCGCCCUGUCCGUGCAGUUUUUGUCAGUGAAAGGAAAAUCCUAACAACUGGAUUCAGCCGGAUGAGUGAACGCCAAGUUGCCGUGUGGGAUACGAAAAAGUUUGAUGAGGCACUGACCCUACAGGAACUGGACACUAGCAGUGGAGUGCUACUUCCCUUCUUUGACCCAGAUACCUCUAUUGUCUACCUGUGUGGCAAGGGGGACAGCAGCAUCCGAUACUUUGAGAUCACAGAUGAAGCACCUUAUCUUCACUAUCUCUCCAUGUUUACCAGCAAGGAGUCCCAGAGAGGGAUGGGGUAUAUGCCUAAGCGAGGCUUGGAGGUCAACAAGUGUGAAAUUGCUAGAUUCUACAAGUUGCAUGAGAGGAAGUGUGAGCCGAUUGUCAUGACUGUCCCACGAAAGUCUGAUCUCUUCCAAGAGGACCUGUAUCCAAACACUGCCGGGCCAGAUCCAGCCAUAGAUGCAGAUGAAUGGUUUAGCGGGAAGAAUAGUCAGCCGAUACUCAUAUCCCUUAAAGAUGGCUUUGUCCAGACCAAAAACAAAGAAUUCAAGGUGGUUCGCAAUGUCCUGGAAAGUAAAACUGUAGCUCGUAAAAGCCCAUCUGCAGACAGUGGACUUCAGUCGGAUUCUGCAGUGUCCAGUCUUAUAGAAGAGGUUAAGAAAUUGAAGGCGAGAGUGGAGAGUCAGGAAAAGCGUAUUGCAGAGCUCGAAGAGAAAGUUGGAAAAUGAGUCUUCCAGGGACUGAAGGGUCAGUUAUAUAAUUUUUAACUCCUGUUGGUGACUCCGCUGGUCUUGUUAUCAUCGGACAAGAACAACAUUAAUCUUGGCCCAACAAAAGUCAGUGGGUCUUUUAAAAGUGCUGCUUGUUGGUGUGAGCUUUGUUUUUCGACAAGUCAAAAAGUUCUAUACAGAUGAGCACCCACGUCCUUUUAUGUUCUGCUGAUCUGGUACAACACAACAUAUCUGUUUGUAUGCAUGCAUUUCAAGGUUGUGCUUCAGGAGAAAUGAGAAGCACACAGAAAUAUUUGUUCCCAAGUGGGAAUCUUUUGUCAAGUCAGCUAGUCUCCAUAUCUUGUAGACACAGGAUAGGAAGCAACUGGUAUGUGUUUUCCGAAAAUAUAUAUGUAUACCACGCUGUCCUCUGAAUCAGAACUCUCAUAAAAGACCGUGGAAGUAAGAAGAGAGAUCGACCAAAUGUGAUGACUACUGAUAAAUGCUCUACUAUGUGAAUAUGCAUACAUUUGGUGACUUGUGUUUAUUUCAUAUCCAGUGUAGGCAGGAAAUUCCAACUUCUUUCUUUUGCUGCAAACCCGAACCAGCACAGACUGCCACAGGAAGUACAUCAUUCCACCACAAAAGUGAUGUAAUUUACUGUUUACAGGUAUCAUGAAGACCUAUAUAAGUGGCCUUUCAGCUCAACAGAAGUUUAUUAAAAUUAGAUACAAGGACUGUUUUUUUAAGUAUUUGUAAGAGAUGAACUGGCUAAAAAAGUAUUCCGUACAAGCUAUAUUCAGGUGUCAUUAUGAACUUCAGCUGUCUUUGGAGCCUUUUGAUUCAUUUUUUAAAGCAGGUUUCACCAUUUUUUUAAAUCUGGUACUUGAACUUUUUUUUUUUAAUUAAAUAAGUAUAAUUAAUUUAAGCUGUUACCAAAUAGAAUGUUACAUUGAUGCAAAAGAUUCUAAAAUAUAAUUAUGAUAAUAACUCGUACAUACUUCUGUACAUUGACUGAUAUGAAAAGCCACAUAUGCAGAAGGCACUGCUGAAGGUUGAAUCAGUUUUACACGUUUAAAAGUUUUGUUCUGGGACUUCAUAACCCAUUAAUAACGAAUGCUAUAUUUCAGUUGCCCCCCCCGCCACCACCUCCACCACUAUUCACUCAGUUGCAUAAUAUCCUUUGAAAUGUAGAACAAAGGUCAGUAAAUCUGGCUGGAAUUUGGGCCUGCUGAUCUUUCCAUUAUAUGUGUGCAUGUGCGCAUGUGUGUGUGUGUGUGUGUGUGUGUGUGUGUGUGUGUGUGUGUGUGUGUGUGUGUGUGUGUGUGUGUGUGUGUGCUAGUGCGUGAAUGCAUGAUUACUUCCUUUGCUCAGGUAUUCCUUAGCCUUCCAGCCAGUGUCAGCAUGUUAGUGCAUGAGUUGUACAUACACUGCGGCAGAUGAGUGCCUUUAAAACGCUGUCAUUGCUUAAGGCGCAAUUUAUAUCAACAGAUGCGCCUAACUGGAUGGAGCAGACUGUGUUGUCUGAACUGUGGUAUUUAUUUUAUCCAAGGUACAGUAACAUAUUUUGGAAAAAAACAAAUGUGGCAUACUGUACGUCCAAUACUAUAAAAAAAUAAGUAAAAGUAACACAAAUCACCAUGGUACUAUGAUAGGAUAAUGAGUUAUGAAGCCCAGUAGAAUAUCUUUAACUUUUUCACUCUCUCUCUUGCUUUAAAAUCUGUUUCACAGUCCAUAAUUCUGAGUUGUGGAAUUACUUUUAGAUAUAAAAGUAAGAAAUUUAUACCUCUUCAGUAUUGCUGUGAAUCACUCCUUACUUGCUUUGCUGGGGGUGAUUUUUCUUAAGUUAUGUAAAUAUUUUCUGAACACAAUGCUUUUUGCUUGGUUUUUUUUUUAACAAAAUGUUGACAGUCAUCAGUGAUUUUUUUCUAUAAAUGAGCCACUUUAUUUUUAAUCAAGAGUACUGGCCUGUUUUUACAGCAGCAGUCCAUGAGCUAGGUAAUUUAUUUUUAUUUAAAAUACACACCAAAUCUCAGUUUUUAAGAUGUUCUAGCAUUUGUAUGCAGAAAAGAAAAAAGACAGGAAAAAAAAGUUACUCAAGUUUACAUAGCAUUUUAAUCUUGCUACAUGACUCAGAAAGCAGAUUUGAUAUGUAUGUUAAAGUAAAUAUACAGUCAAAUUUGAGGGCAGCUACAACAAACAUGUUGUAACUGCCCACAUCAGGCACCAUAUUCUCAAUGUAAAAUCAAACAAUACCUUUGCUGUUUCCUUUCUAAUUUCUGAGGGUCUCCAAGGUGACAGAUAUAUACCACAACUGUAGGGCAUACUUCAGUGAAAUAUAUGUUCAAGCAAAGCAUUUUUAUUAACUUGUAAUAGCCACGUCCAAGUAAAAUAUAGUAAGCACGUGAUUAAAAAUA